AUGGCGCCCAUCCGACGAUACCUACGGAUCAGCAAGUGCUCGGUGCUGGAGUGUCGGAUUUACCUGGAGAACCCCUCCGAUUCUCGCUGGCUGCUGGAUCCACGCGACCCCGUUCUUCCACGCGUGUUCAAGAGCAUCCGACCCCUAGUGCUCCCCAAACUCCGCGAAGAAAACGAAAGAGCCAGAGCAAAGAAGAAAAGCAAACCGGUCAAGGAUGUCCUGGUCGAAGAUGAUUUCCAAGUGUCGAUAUUUCUCAGAGAAACGGGCACUCGUCACUCAAUAACAACCCGACGUAAAACGUUUGGGGAUGGCGGCAGGAUUAGCAGCAACUCUAACAAGUUAACGGGAAACAAUGACGAUCCUAUUCAUAUCCCGGACGACAGCGAACAACCAGUGCACCCUCUACUAGUCGAAGAGGAAGACUCCCCUGUCAACCUACACGAUAUCCCUGAAGCUCAACCUGACGACGUGGGGUCCGAACAGCCUGUACGUCGUCGCCGGCGGCAACACCGGGCUAUGGCGGCCGCGGAGGACGAGGAUGGAGCGUCCAUGCGCCCGUCAAAACGAGCGAGAGCUGAAACACUGACAGAGGCCAUUGCGCAUGAUGAGAAGAAGCUGGCAAUGACCACGACCUACGAAGGUUUCGAUAUUUGGGGCUGGAUAUUAUGCCUUCUCGUUUCACGUCGAGACAGAACCAAGGCUGCACCGGCUAGUGGCGAGUCGUCGAAUCAAGCUCUGAUGGAGGAGUGGAUUUGUACCCAGGCACCUCAGGAGUACGAUGAGGGAUGAUGGAGGAAUGAGCUCAGAAAGCCAAGGAGCGAUCACACUUCCAACAUCAUCAGCCCUUCCGCUGAUCGCACCGAGCAUCUCUACGUCAACCGGGCCGGUGGUUGUCCAGUAGCAAUCCCAGGAAACGAUCGCCUGACACGUUUAGCAAUAAUCCGAUGACGCCCCGACGUCGUCUGCAUGCUGGCAAACCUGGUCUCCACGCUCCAUUUUACCGAGUCACCGCACGCCGAGAACAGCUUUGUUAUAACAGGGAUUCAGAGCGUAAACAGGCGCCCCUGGUUAUCACGCUAACAAUCUUUCCCAGCCUUGAGCAUCAAUAUCUCACCGCUUAAUCCCAAUAGACUUUCGUGAGGCUCAUAAUUGGUAACAACCCCGUCUUAUUGGGGCAACUCUAUCCCGAAGUCACCGCCUUUUGCUUCUCAAGAUUCCACGUGAAUUAUAAUCUUUUAAAUCAGGGAAAGGUGAAGCUUAGCCAAGAUGGAUAAUCAAGCCUUUCCUCAGUCUCAAACAUGCUCGUUGGCUGGCAGGGAUACAGGCUAGACAUGCCUCUACUGAGGGAGAACAGCACGAGAGGAAAGGAUUGUGACAUAUCUAGGGAGUAGAUAAGCGUGAUGAUCCUAGCAUCACGAAGCUGUACUUUUCCUAACGUAAGGGAAUUCGGGAUGUCACAAUGCUGAUAGGCUAAUAUCCCACCGCACUCACCGUUGAGGCUUCCACGUUGUUUUGUAGCGUGUCCAACACGUGCAACAGCUGUUUUGGUUUCCAAUGUUUCGGGUUGUGAAUCUGCUAAUUAUCCAUGUCAACCCAAUUACUGGUUAGAGUAUGGUGUUUGGCGGCCAACAAGGAAUGGUAAAACAGACCCCGGCUGCCAUGCUAUAUAUAUCAAUACGAUGCCAUGCGCUUCUCG